ACACAGCGCUUGGCUCUCCUAGCAACCCAACUCUACAUUUUAUCCAGGAACACAGGCUCUACGCUCUGACAUUUUACUGAGAGAGUAGAGACGGCAGGCGAGAGAGAGAGCGAGAGAGAGAGAGAUAAGGCACAUAGGAGGGUAGUAGCUCAGUGUUAUAAGGCAAGUAUCAGGCAGGCAGGACUUGUCAUUUCUCCACUAACCCAGUCAGAGUAGGUACCAGCCUGAGUCAAGGCACAGAAAGAGGGGGGGGGGGAAAGCCUUGCAGAGCAGAGGGAGUGUGUGGUUAGUGCGCUGCAUCGAGAGCUCUGUGUCAGAGGAGAAGUCAGAGGAAGGGAGAGCUUCGCCUGUUCUUUUCCCUGAGUGGCUGAGGGUUGGCUCUUGGUGACAGGAAGCACUGGGCUUGCGAUGAGACCUGAGCGCUGACUGGAGUAUGCUGCAGACGAUUUACGAGGGCGAGUCGAGUUUCUCCACAACAGAAGGACUCGUUGGACCACAGCAGCUGCUCGGCCAGAGCAAGAUGCAUAACGUGAACAACUCAGUGGACAUCAAGCCUGAGGUACCGUCGGCUGUCGAACCCGUGUCCCCGUUGGACCUGCGCACAGACCCGAGGAUGCUGGGGCCAGGCUCGGACCCGGGCCUGUGGGAGAGGCAGCUGCAGCAGGAGCUGCUGCUCAUUCAGAAGCAGCAGCAGAUCCAGAAACAGCUGCUCAUCAGCGAGUUCCAGAAGCAGCAUGAGAACCUGACCCGUCAGCACCAGGCCCAGCUCCAGGAGCACCUCAAGCUCCAGCAGGAGCUGCAGGUCAUGAAGCAGCAGCAGGAGCUGGUGGAGAAGGAGCGUCGCCUGGAGCAGCAACAGCAGCAGCAGAGCCAGCAGGAGAAGGAGCUGGAGAGACACAGGAGGGAGCAGCACGUCCUCAGCCUCAGCCUGAGAGGCAAGGAGCGCACCCGAGAGAGUCUCACAGGUGCGGUGGCCAGUACCGAGGUCAAGCAGAAACUCCAAGAGUUUCUGUUGAGCAAAUCAGCGAAGGAUCCUUCCGGCAACGGGGCGGCACACGCUGCCAUUCACCACGCCAAGCUCUGGUACACGUCCUCCCACCACAAUUCUCUGGACCAGAGUUCCUCUCCGCUGGGAGGGACGUCCCCCACCUGCCAGUACACGCUGCCCUUCCCCCAAGACGACUUCCCCCUCAGGAAGACAGCGUCAGAGCCCAACCUGAAGGUGAGGUCCAGGCUGAAGCAGAAGGUGGCAGAGAGGAGGAGCAGCCCCCUGCUGAAGAGGAAAGACAGCAACAUCAUGACCCCCUACAAGAAACGGGCCCUGGAGCUCAUGGAUUCUACGCCCACCAGUAGUGCCCCUGGCUCUGGCCCCAGCUCCCCAAUCGGGGCCUCCAGCGCCCUGGGGGCUGAAAACGGACCCUCCUCUCUUCCCACCACCACCAAAACUGAGCGCUGGCCCUCCCAGCCAAGGUUAUUCCAGCCGGAGGGCUCGCUGUCGAUGCUGAGCCUGUACACGUCCCCCUCCCUCCCCAACAUCACCCUGGGACUCAACGGUGCCUCCUCUCCCAUCAGCGCUGCCCUAGGGCUGAAGGAUAAGGCCGGGGAGAGGAUGGUGAUCCGACACGGGCUCCCGGGACAGCUCAUGGGCCCCGUGCCCCUGCAGACGGGGAUGGAGACCAAGGUCAGCCCCAGCCACCAGGCGCUCCUUCAGCACCUCCUCCAGAAGGAGCAGAUGAGGCAGCAGAAGAUGCUGUCCUCUGGGCAAGGGUCCAUGCCCUCCCUCCCUCACUCCCCUCUGGCCAUGAAAGAUCGCCCGUCCUCCAACGGUCGGCCCAAACUGCCCAAGCACCGGCCUUUGAACCGGACCCAGUCUGCGCCUCUUCCCCAGAGCACCCUGGCCCAGCUUGUCAUCCAGCAGCAACACCAGCACUUCCUGGAGAAGCAGAAACAAUACCAGCAGCAGAUCCACAUCAAUAAGCUGCUGUCCAAGUCCAUCGAGCAGUUACGUCAGCCCAACGCACACCUGCAGGAGUCCGAGGAGGAGGAGGAGCACCGGGACGAGAGGAUGCAGGAGGACAGGCUGCCCCCCGGUGGCGUGAUCCGGAAGCACACCCUGAGCAGCAGCAGCAGUGGCGGCUCCAAUGGGGAGCUCUCCGACACCCACCACGGGGUCAUCAAGGUCAAGGAGGAGCCGGUGGACAGAGAGGACGAUCAGAGCCUGGAGAUGGAGCAGAGAGCCUAUCUCCACCAGGUCAAAGGGAGACUGGUGAUAAGAGCCAUGAUCUGAGAGGGGGGGGAGGGGGACGAGAUCACACACUCAAACAUUCGCAGACGCAAACACACACACACGCGCACACACACGCACGCGGGCUGCAGCCGUUGUACAGAUUAUGCCUUCCCUCCUGCCCCGAGCAGUUGCCCCCAGCGCUGCGGCCUCACCCGUCACCCCCGGACUCCGUUUGUGAACUUUGUGAAGUGAUCUCUGUAAAGUAUGUUUCAACGUUGUGUACAUAAUAUGAUGAGAAUUUAGAAUGGUGAUUCUUUUAAACCUAAGGAACUGCUUUUGGUUGUUACAAGUCUGCUAGUGUGACAAAUGUAAAUGGUGAAUUUAGCUUCAGGGAAGGUUCCAGACCGUUGGAAAACUUCAACAGUUGUACAGUUAUGAAAGCCAUUUAAUGUUGCUGUCUUGUACAUUUUCUUUUGCCAUUAAUUCACUUUGAAUGCAGACUGUUUUAAAGCUGAAGGUUAUCAUUCUGCGAUGAUUUGAGAUGUUUUGAAUUGUCCCGUUCUCUGUGUUUCUUCAAGAAGCUGUGAUGUUUUGUGUCCAGUGAUCGCUAAACCGAACUAAUGAGCAUGCUCAUGUCUAUCUGAGAGAGAAUGUAUUCCUUUAACCUGAACCGAUAACUCACCCUUACGACAUACUUUACACAGGGAGUGACAAGACUUUGAAUACUGAAAUCACACUUUGUACCGAAUCGCAGUUUGGAGGGAUACAACAACGAAAGAAAAUCCGUAUUUGUUGGGUGUGCAGGCCAGAUCCCAGGCCUUCCAGUCCCAGAACUGGGCUCUGUCUUAGGCCCAGAUAUCCCUUUCCCUCCCUCCCUCCGGGUCCAAAUCAAAGCUCAGCCAGGUUCCUGCCCAGCUUUCAGCAGAGGAGUCACUGACAAAGGGCCGGGCAGGAAAUGCCUCGGAGAAGCCAGGAGUCGGAGUGAUUCAUGUGUGGAGGAAUGUUGGGAGAGGAGAACCCGGGGUUGUAGGAGUCCAAGGGGCCAGGCUUGAGAAUUGAUUUACUGUCAAGGCGAAUUACAAAGUGAGUGGGGAUAUGGUUAAGGGAGUCCUUUUUUUCCGAGGGAAUCGCUUCCUUCGUAUUCCCCGGUGACACGCUUACCUCGACACGCAGGUUUGAUGUUGCUUCGAUAAAAAAAGAAAAAAAAACUGGAUGGGACCUUGCAAUUUUUUUGAGGGGGGUGGAGAAGGUUUCUCUCCUCCCCUCGACCCCCUGAAAGUGCCCAAUGUAACAUGUUAAACUGUCUUAAAGUGGUCGAUCAAUGUAUUGUAUAGCUGUAAACCUCGUUUCUUUUGUACUGUCGGUUGUGUUAAUGUUGGGCUCUGCGUUCCUGUGCGAGACAAAAAACCUCCAUCUGUUUGUUUUAGACUGUGCACUCAAAUCAUCCAGUUAGAAUGUUUUAGUGUAAAAAUCACCACAGUCUGAACAAUGUGGGUCUUGUUCUCCUGCUCGUUUGAUUCAGUUGUAAUGAGAACCCCUUCACUGCCAUGGAGGGGGCCGCUGAGCUGUUCAUAGCUGUUUGCAGCUUUUUUUUCUUUCUUCUCUUUUCUGCCUUGUGUGACAAAACCUUUCUUUUUUAAAUAAAGUUCAUUCCCCUACAAAGUA